UUCCACGAACUAAUUUUAGACGUUUAUCAUUUGAUCACUGCAGUUUGUCCCUGCAGCCAUUUGAAUACCCAGUUUGCACACCAGAUGGGACAGUCUUUGACAUAUUGAGUAUUGUUCCUUGGAUAAAGAAAUAUGGAACCAAUCCAAUCACAGGAGAAAAACUAGAUGCCAAAUCACUUAUAAAGCUGAAUUUUGCUAAAAACAGUGAAGGUAAAUACCACUGUCCAGUGCUGUUUACUGUAUUCACCAAUAAUUCCCAUAUUGUGGCCAUCAAGACAACUGGAAAUGUGUUUGCCUAUGAGGCAGUUGAGCAGCUGAACAUAAAACCAAAGAGCUACAAGGAUCUUUUGACAGAUGAGCCCUUCACUCGGCAAGACAUUGUGACACUGCAGGAUCCAACAAACCUGGAUAAGUUCAAUGUCUCGAACUUCUUUCAUGUUAAGAACAACAUAAAAGUAAUUGAUCCAGAUGAAGAAAAAGCAAAAUUAGAUCCAUCGUACUAUUUGAAAAAUACAAAUACAGAGACCCGAGAGACUUUACUGGAGCUUUAUAAGGAAUUCAAAGGCGAUGAUAUUCUAGCAGCUACUAUGAAGGCUCCUGAGAAGAAGAAAGUGGAUAAGCUGAAUGCAGCUCAUUAUUCCACUGGAGCAGUAAGCGCUUCCUUCACCUCCACUGCAAUGGUGCCUGAAACUACCCAUGAAGCAGCUGCUAUUGAAGAAGAUGUCGUGAGAUACAAAUAUGUGAAGAAGAAGGGCUAUGUGCGACUUCACACUAACAAAGGAGACCUAAACUUGGAGCUGCACUGUGAUAUGACACCCCGAACAUGUGAAAACUUUAUCAAAUUGUGCAAGAAGAACUAUUAUGAUGGAACAAUUUUUCACAGAUCAAUUCGUAAUUUUGUGAUUCAAGGAGGUGAUCCAACUGGAACAGGAACAGGAGGAGAAUCUUACUGGGGAAAACCUUUCAAAGAUGAAUUUAAGCCCAAUUUGUCCCACACGGGACGUGGUGUUCUUAGUAUGGCCAAUUCGGGACCUAACACAAACAAAUCACAGUUCUUCAUCACAUUCCGCUCUUGUGCAUAUCUGGACAAGAAACAUACAGUUUUUGGAAGGGUGGUUGGUGGCUUUGAGACUCUGACUGCUAUGGAGAAUGUGGAAAGUGACCCAAAAACAGACCGUCCCAAGGAGGAAAUACGAAUUCAGACAACAACUGUUUUUGUUGAUCCGUAUGAAGAGGCAGAUGCCCAGGUUGCUGCAGAAAGAGAGAAGGUCCGGCUAGAAGAAGAAGCAGCCAAAACAAAAGCUGAGGUGGUCCCACCAAAGAAAGAGGUCGAGACUCCUAAAACUUACCGGCAGGGGAUUGGAAAAUACAUUAACAUGGCUGCAGCGAAGCGCAGUGUGGAAGAUGACGGGCCCUCAACCAGCACAGCUGCGAAGAAAGAGAAAAAGAGCACAGGCUUUGGGGACUUCAGCUCCUGGUAGCAGCGCGGGGAGCCUAGCACUGGAGCAGCACAGCAGAGGAGAAAAGGCGGCCUCCCACGUGCCCCCAAAGAGCCCGAAAGACAGCCUGUCCUGGGGAGGGAGGGCACCAGCCUGCCCUUCCACUGGGGAAGAAAACUGUUGCUUUGUUAAGGCUGGUUAAUGUGGCUUUGUUUUCUAGAGGGCCGCGUUCCCCCCACUGCAUCUUCCUCGAAGGCCUUUUUGUUGUUGUUUUGCUAAGCGGGGAGCGAGCAGCCCUGCUCCGCUGGGGAUUAGCUGGAGCCUUUCUCUGCUGGGCUGGCAGCGGACCAGGCAGAGCCCAGCCGUGCAGGACGCUGCUGCAGUGAACAGCUACGGUGGUGAAAGAGCUCCUUUUACAGGUAAUCGUUCCCGGAUGAGCCACGUCUGCCAAACGAAGGAAUGAAUGAAUGUGCUGGGUAAGCGCCCAUGCCGCUCUAGCGCUUUGUGGAGGGGAGGAGAGGGCUCCAGCCUGUCCUGUCCUUCCCUUCCCGCUGCCUUUUGCUUGUUCACAACAAGGACCAGUUCUGUCUCCUGCUCUCUGCGGGCCUGCCUCCGGGCUGGACUGGCUGCUGUCAGACUCCCCAGGGCCUUGCUCACUCCAAAAUGAGCUCUCUGGACCCGUUUUAGUCUCUGACAGCCUGGGAAGCAGUGAAUUUAGAUGGGGAGCCCGGGCUAGCUGCACCACUUCUUCCUCCCGGUGGCUGCCCUUCCCCAAGCCACUGGGCAGCCAGUGGGGCCAGGAUGCACCAGUUCAAACCUGCCUUCGGGUCCCAGGAGCUAAAGCCUGCAGCAAAUGAGCAGGAAUAGAAACUUUUUUUUUUUUUUAACCAUCCCUAGAGCCUGCUCCUUGCA